AUGGCAGAGAAUAGCGGCGCUGACAGCAGCAGCGGGGGACACAUUCCGCAGUAUAUUCCUUCCAAGCACGUUCCAUUGACAGACCAGCUAGAAAAGGACAAGGUUCGUUCCGGCAAGCGAGGAGGCUCGGCGGUCGAGUUUUCGGCUGUGCGGCUGCUCGUGGAGGAGCGGGACCCCAUCGUGCUUCCGUUGCCUAAGGACGGCGAGGCCGUGGCGACGCCGGCGAGCUUCGAGCUGAAGGAGCGGUGCAAGUACCGGCUGCAGUUCGAGUUUACAGUCGCGAACGACGUGGUGCUGGGCCUCACGUACGUCAACACCGUGUAUAAGGACGGCGAUCAAGUGGAUACUUCUAAGGAGAUGCUUGGAGCAUAUGCGCCCCAAGCGAAGCCAUAUGUGUAUGUGACUGAAGAGGAGACAACGCCUGAUGGAGAGGAGGUCCGUGGCAAAUAUACAGCAGAGACAAAGCACAGCAUGACGUCCACCAGUUCCACCAGUUCUUUAAGAGCCAUGACGCGAACUUUUCUAACCGAUGGUGUGACGGCACAAGACAUCGCUCUGCCGCAUAGAUGUGCGCCUCCAGCAUCCCGCACGCUGUCGCUUCUUUCAUCCACCAGUAGAAUAGCGCCGCACUUUCCCCGGAGUACCCGGCGUGUUUUGACGCGAGCAGACCCGAAAGGGGACGCAAGGGAGCUAUGGCGCCGCGAGAUUGAAGCUGAUUCGGCAGCAGCAACAGAUUUUGAGGCGGUAGAUGCCGACACAGUAAGGGAAGAGGCGCAACGAUUGACGCGUAAGCAAGUCAUGGAGCGGCUCGACAAGGCGAGCUAUCAGGAGCUUCGCGAGCUGCAGGAGAGCGGUUACGACUCCGAUGGUGGCAGCACGCGGCCCGGGCUUGGUGGGAAGAGCGCGGAGAGCGGAGAGAUUUCUUGGAAGGAGGUGGUGGAUAAAAUUUUGGUUGCGGACUUCUUUUUAAUCACGAUCGCUCUUGUCUGGUUUUUAACAGGUGUAUUGCAGCGUUCUAUCUCGAAUGACGACGGGCUGCUGCUGGCGUGGUUGAAGCUGUGGGACCCCUUGUUCCAGCCAGCCAUAGGCGUGUUCAUGGGCUCUGCUGUGUUACAGGCUGUGCUUAAGAAAAGAGAUUAA